AUGACCGAAUUAAUGACUGAGAACUGGCAGCUCGCUGAUUGUAAUCACCUUCCGAUUAUCGAUCUUUCAACUUUGGAUAGUCCUAAUGUGAAUGAGCGACAGAAACUUGCUCAAUCACUCUGUGAUGCUUGCACUCAGGUUGGUUUCUUUUACAUCAAGAACCACGGGAUUCCAGAGGACAAAAUCAAUGGCAUACACUGCUUCGCCAAGCGGCUCUUCGAUCUCCCCGAGGAGCAAAAGAUGAAGUUCUACAUUGGAAACUCCCCCAAAUUCCGCGGCUACAGUCCCCUUGGUGGUGAGAAAUCCAUAGGGACAGACGAUGCUCCUAUUGCCGAAGAAGACGCAGUCAGUGCCCUUUCCGAAGCAUUUGAUAUCGGAUACGAAACUGCAAUGGAUCCUCAAAAGCUGAAGGAUGAUCCGCUUCCUCUUGAUCCGUAUGAUUUGUACGGAGAUAAUCAAUGGCCUGGCCAAGAAAUCCUUCCAAAUUUCACAGAGACCUACAUCGAAUAUUGUGCCAUGAUGCUAGAGCUCUGUCGAAAGCUGAUGAGAAUGUUCGCUCUGGCUUUGGGUUUGCCAGAGGAGUAUUUUGAUUCCAUGACUCAGAACCCAGGUGUCACUUCGAGGAUGAUGCAUUACCCACCUCAGCCGUUAAAGGAAGAGGUUCGUGAAGGGCUUGGGGCUCAUACGGAUUUCGAAUGUUUCACUAUUCUCUCCCAGGGCAGUGUGCCGGGCCUGCAGCUCAUGAGUCGCAGCGGCGAGUGGAUAUUGGCACCAUCAUUGCCGGGGACAUUGGUCGUCAACAUUGCAGAUUGUCUGUCGAUUUGGACGAAUCAAAAGUUCAAGUCGACUGUUCAUCGUGUCACGAACUUGACCGGACAAGAACGUUAUUCCAUUCCUUUCUUCUUCGGAGUUGACUAUGAUACCACAGUAUCAGUUCUGCCAAAUCAUAUCUCAGACGAUAGACCUGCUUGUAAAGAGCCCUUCAAAGCAGGCGAGUGGGUUCGCGAACAACUAUCAAAGGCGUACAUUGGUCAUGAUGGCUAG